AUGAGCGGACUCCGUAGUUUGGUGAAAGAUGGGUGGCAUCCAAAGGGAAAUGAUGGUGGUAGGGAGAGUUGGCGGGGUGAUUUCCAAGGCAUAAACCAAGUUGCCGGCUGGGUGGGCAAAGGGAAACAUAGCAGUUCCAAUGACUCCCGUGUUGAGCAUGUAUCUCGGCCACUAUCCUCUCUCAAGGAUCCUGCGUCAUUUCCCCCCCCACCUAAACACAUAAAUCGACUCGGUGUUGAGAGAACUUUGAGCUCGACUUCAACUUCAGACACCGGCCUGUUAAGACCCCCUUUGAGCUCCUCACAGUCUCAAUCACCACAGGAACAACACCACGCUGAGGAAGAAGCCAUCUCGAAGAGGGCCCCGCCUCCUGUCCCGUACCGGGUAAACACCACAGGAGUAUCCACGCAUAAUGUACUUUCUCCUCCCGUUCACCAAAGUCACACCUCAACAGGGUCAACAGAGGAGUUUAAGUCCAACCCAAGCCUCACACCAAAACCAGCUUUGCCACCUAGAUUACCUCCACGAGGCGCACCACAUCCACAUCCACAACCAUCUCAAUCUUCAUCUCCCCCACCACCUCCAGCGAAUGAAACUACAACAAAUGGACUUGUACCGACAAUAAACCAAAGGUCUAUUGAUUUCCUGGGCGAGGCGGGCGUUUCCGUCCCAAGUCUCGGUAUCAAUGGAGGGAACUCUGACCGGCAGGAACCGGCUCCCAAAUCAACAGGAGGAGCAUCACCAUACUCCCCGCAGAACGAACUUCAGGCGCGAUUUGCCAAAAUGAGCGCAUCGUCUCCAACUCUAUGCUCUUCUGGUGUAUCGAAGCCUGCAGAAGGCACCACUAUGGAGCAAAAGCAACAUGCUGUGCGAACUGCACAUUCGUUUAGCCGGGACCCCACUUCUGUAUCAUCAAACGAUGCGCGAAGUGCAGUUUCGACGGCAUGGAAUUUCCGCGAGCGUCACAGUGAACAGAUUGACUCUGGAAAGAAGAAACUGCUCCAGAUAGAUCAAAAGUAUGGCAUUUCAAAGCGAAUCAACAGUUUUAUUGAAGAUCAGAAGUCCCCAGCAUGCCCGGAUCCCCAACCUCCACCCCAUGCUAAUGCGGCUUAUAGCCCCCAGCCGUCAGGCGCCUAUGCAUAUAACAGACCAGAUCUGGAAGCAUUGAAUAGCCGCAAACCUCCUCCUCCACCCACUCCCUCAAAGAAGCCGGGUAUGCAAAUUCAUCCUGUUGAUGGACAUCCUCGAGCUGCUCCACCACCACCGCCACCACCAUUACCCCUCGGGACCAAGCCGCGUUAA